CCACUUUCUUACCAUGUUUGCAAUUCUUUGAGUAAGCAAACAAUUUGAGCUAAGAGUUACUUAAAUCUUACAUAAGUACAAAAGAAAACCUAUUUAAAAGAAUUUGAGAUACAAUUCUGAUCAUUCUACACUUCCUCUGAUUAUAAAGCUGUGAGAUAAUAUGUUUUUUUAGUAGCAAAUUUUCAUAAUUUAUUGUUUCCUUGUUCUAAUUAUUCUAGAGACCCAUUGAAAACAAAACUUAGGUGGUGGUGGUCCUCCGGAAUUAUACGCAUUUGAACUUGGAAUUGCAGCUACGUAUAGGAAAAGAAAAAAACGCAAGGAAAGCAAGAUGACGAUACCGGUUUCAGACACUGUGGUAGAUGUUGAAUCAUUGGUAGCUUCCAUGGAGAAUAAGAUGAUGGGCAGUCAACUUCGUUUAUCACCUGAUUACUGUAUCUUUAGAACACCCACCAUUCUCGCCAGGCACAGCCCCAGCGCAUACAUUCCCAAUUGUUUUGCCUUUGGGCCUUUUCACCGUUGCCAACCAAACUUGAAAGCAACAGAGAAAAUCAAGGUCAAGUAUUUACGAGAGCUCCUCCUCAGAUCAAGCAACCCAGAAGCAAUGUUAAGGGAAUGCCUUAAUUCCGUCAAGGAAAUCAAAGGAAAAGCUCGUGACUGUUACGCGGGGUACAUUGAUCUUGCAGAAGAAGAAUUUCUUGAAAUGUUGGUGGUGGAUGGUUGCUUCAUCGUCGAGCUGUUUCGGAAGGAUGCUGAUGUGGUGGCUAAAGAGGAUGAUGACCCAAUUUUUUCAAUGUCAUGUAUGCUUCAAUUCCUCAACCAUGACUUGAUUUUGCUAGAAAACCAGAUACCUUGGCUGGUGUUGCAGCUUUUGUUCGACAAAACCAAAGCCUCUACAGAAGCCAACUCCCUCGUGGAACUUGCCCUCCAAUUUUUUAGAACCAUGUUUUCAUAUGAAAACCCUAUAAACCCUUCCCUCUUUUUCGAAAAAGAAAUCAAACAUAUCCUUGAUCUGCUAAGGUUGUCUUUGGUUUUACCAUCCGAAGAAGUAGAGUUAUAUGAGAGGAAAAAGCAGUUAAAUAAGCAACCCUCGGAAUGGCAACCAAUCCCAUCUGCAACAAGACUGAAUGAAGCAGGGGUAAAAUUCCGAAGAGUAGUGAAUGUGAAAAGCAUUUUGGAUAUAAAGUACAGUAAUGGUGUACUCGAAAUCCCAUCUUUGCUAAUUCAAGAAACAACAGAGACCAUCUUCCGGAAUCUCAUCAGCUACGAGCAAUGCUUACCCCAUUGUAAGCCUGUUUUUACUUCCUACGCCAAGAUCAUGGACAACCUCAUCGACACCCCACAUGACAUGGAAAUAUUAUGUAAGAAGGUAGUUUUGGAUAAUUGGUUGAGCCCCGAGGAUGCAACGCACUUCUUCAACAAGCUUUACAAUGACACCUACGUGAAAGAUUUCUAUUAUGCUGAUCUAUGCAACCAACUUAAUGAUCAUUGCCGAAAAUGGUUGCCCAAAUGGCGUGCUGCUUAUGUUCAUAACUAUUUUUCCAAGCCAUGGGCUAUUGCUGCUCAAAUUUAUGCCAUUAUCAUACUUUUUCUUACCGUGUUCCAAAGUUUUAAAAAAUAACUUCAUUUCUGCUCAAGUUUGUAUUUGUAAUUGAAUCCAAUAGAAGAUAUGUUCAAUUUUGA